AUGGCGAGUCGAGGAAACGCUCCUGCACAUUCGCAGGCUUCGUUGCCCGCUCUUCCCGCACACCUGCAAUCGGACACCCACCUGACCGCCCAUCUUGCGAGCCGUUUCCAUGUCUCGCUACCGACAGCAAGGCUGUCGUCGCAGGGAUUGAUAUGUCUCAACACUUUCACAUCUUCCAGUCGGGGCCCGAAUGGAGACAAGGAAGGGAGUGCCAUGGGGGAGGCAGAAGACUUGGCUCGGAGGGCUUGGACGAGACUGGGAAACAGGGCAGAAGAUCAGGCUGUCGUAUUUUUCGGAGAGUCUGGGUCAGGAAAGACCACGGUCAGGUCGCACCUGCUUUCCUCCUUCCUCUCCUUUUCUUCAACACCGCUCUCCUCGAAGUUGUCCCUCGCUGCCUUUGUAUUUGAUACUCUAACGACCACCAAAACUACCACAACACAGACGGCGUCCAAAGCGGGCUUGUUUUACGAGUUGCAAUAUGAUGCUUCAUCUACUAUGCCUAUCCUCAUCGGAGGCAAAUUGUUGGACCACCGCCUGGAAAGGAGUCGCAUCUCACAUGUCCCUACCGGGGAAAGGAGCUUUCAUGUGUUAUAUUACCUUCUCGCCGGCACGAGUGCAGCCGAAAAGUCUCACCUCGGGCUUAACGGCCAGGUGAAUGUUUCAACAGGUGGUACUGGGCUGGGUAGAUCAGCGUCGGUGGCACAGAAGAGAUGGAGAUAUCUGGGUCACCCAACGCAGAUGAAGGUGGGCAUAAAUGACGCCGAAGGCUUCCAACACUUCAAAAACGCCCUGCGCAAGCUGGAAUUUCCUAGAACAGAGAUUGCGGAGAUCUGCCAGGUGCUCGCGGCGAUCCUUCAUAUCGGCCAGCUGGAAUUCGGUACCGGACAAGCUACCCUGACCGCAGCAGAAGAGAGUGGCGGCUAUUCGCACGAAGGCGGCGAAACGGUGACGGUCGUCAAAAACAGGGACACACUCGCUAUCGUUGCGGCCUUCUUGGGCCUGAGCCUUCCGGACCUUGAAGAGAGCCUGAGGUAUAAGACCAAGACUAUUCACCGUGAGCGCGUCACCGUCAUGCUGGACACUAAGGGUGCUCGUGAAAACGCUGACGAGCUGGCCACAACUCUGUACUCGUUGUUGGUCACGUACAUCAUCGAAAGUAUCAACCAAAAGAUAUGCGCCGCCGAAAACUCCGUCGCGAACACCAUCUCCAUCGUGGACUUUCCCGGUUUUGCCGACCAUUCUUCCACGGGAUCAGUUCUUGAUCAAUUGCUGAACAAUGCGGCGAACGAAUCGCUAUUUAACACCUGCCUGCACAGCUUUUUUGAAAAGACAGCCGAGAUGCUGGAAAGCGAAGAAGUCAGCGUCCCGGCAACGAGUUAUUUUGACAAUUCUGACGCGGUUCGUGGACUGCUCAAGCACGGGAAUGGCUUGUUGUCCAUCCUUGAUGACCAGACGCGGCGUGGGCGGACAGAUAUGCAAUUUCUAGAAAGCUUGCGAAAGAGGUUUGAGAACAAGAACAAAGCUAUCAGCGUCAGCAGCUCAACAUCAACUAUGCCGGGCAGCAACUUUGCCACUACGAACCUUGCAGCUUCUUUCACCGUCCGUCAUUACGCCGGUGAGGUUGAUUACCCCGUCCACAGUUUGGUCGAGGAGAAUGGGGACGUUGUCUCUGGGGACUUGAUGAAUAUGAUCAAGGCCACUAAAAGUGACUUCGUAGCCAGUCUGUUCGGUCAAGAAGCCUUAAACACAAUCAGUCAUCCGGCCGAGAAGACCGCCAUUGUCCAAGCCCAAGUCAGCUCAAAGCCCCUGCGCAUGCCCAGCGUAUCGAGAAAGAAGCACAACCAAUUGAGCCGGAUGGCUAGUCGAAGAGCAGAUCGCUCCCCAGCUCGCGAGGAAUACGAGCCCAUACCUGGCACAGAAGAAGCCAGGCUCAGACGCACAAAAUCCACUGCGACCGGGUUGACCCAGGGUGCUGCGGCUCAAUUCUUGUCAGCUCUGGACAAUAUCACGAAGUCGCUGACAGCCCCCAACGUGAACAAUUACUACGUCUUCUGCCUGAAGCCCAAUGAUAGGCGAAUAGCGAAUCAGUUCGACAGCAAGUGUGUUCGCCAACAAGUCCAGAUGUUUGAGAUAGCUGAAAUCAGUCAGAGGCUGCGGACCGCUGAUUUCAGUGUUUUCCUGCCAUUUGGGGAGUUCCUCGGGGUUGCGGAUAUUGACACAGGCGUUGUUGGAAGCGACCGCGAAAAAGCCCAGCUUGUGCUUGACUCUAAACACUGGCCUGCAAACGAGGCCAGGGUCGGGAAUACCGGCGUCUUCCUGAGCGAACGUUGCUGGGCUAGCAUUGCACUCACGGGAUCACAGAAUGCUGCCUACUUUGGUGGAGAGCUUGAUCCGCUCUCGGGACCCGAUACAGCUGGCCAUAAUCCCUUUAGUGACUCCAAGGCCCGGUUAGUUUCUACUGAUGGGACACCGGGAUCCUUUUAUGAUGACGAAACUAAAGGAGGCGGCUACUUCGGCACCCGGGAACUCGACGCCAAAUCCGACGCUGGAGUAUCUGCAUUCCAAUCGGGCGAUAUGUUCCGGAACCUCGAAACCAAAGAGGAGCUGGCUGAAAAGGGUAACAAGAAGAAAAUGGAAGAAAUCGACGUUGUUCCCGUUUCGUCCAGUCGAAAAAGAUGGCUUGCCAUUGUUUACUUCCUUACCUGGUACCUGCCUGACUUUGCGAUCAAGUGGGUCGGAGGCAUGAAACGAAAGGAUGUGCGAACAGCCUGGAGGGAAAAGUUUGCCAUCAACCUGCUUAUAUGGCUAAGCUGUGGCUUCGUGAUAUUUUUCAUCAUCGUCUUCCCCGAACUGAUCUGUCCGAAGCAACAUGUGUACUCGGCAGCCGAGCUAUCCUCCCAUGAUGGCAAAGGCAAGCACAGCUCAUAUGUGGCGAUCCGAGGCCAAGUUUUUGAUUUGGGCGCAUUCAUGCCCAAUCACUACCCUAAAAUCAUCCCUCAGGCCUCGCUCAAGAAGUAUGCUGGCGUUGAUGCUACUGCAUUGUUCCCUGUACAAGUCUCGGCUCUAUGUCAAGGCAAAGACGGACGAGUAGACCCGGCUGUUCAGCUGGACUACACUGCAACCAACAUCAGCGGAUCUGCCAGCGUCAUCAGCUCUACUGACGCCAACCGGCGCUACCAUGAUUUCCGGCAUUUCACCAACGACUCCCGGCCAGAUUGGUUCUACGAGCAAAUGAUCAUGCUCAAGGCCAACUACCGUAAGGGAAGCGUUGGGUACACUCCCCAGUAUGUGAAGACGCUGGCGAAGAAAUCGAAGUCCAUCGCCAUCUUGAAUGACAGGGUCUACGAUUUCACCACUUACAAUGAAGGCGGACGGAGUGUACGAGCUCCGCCGGGGCAGAAAGUACCCACCGGAGUCGACACCGAUUUCAUGGAUUCGCUGGUGGUCGACCUCUUCACUCAGCGAGCUGGCCACGAUGUUACUAAAUAUUGGAACACACUUCCUCUCGACUCGGGCCUAAGGAGCCGGAUGCAGAUUUGUCUCGACAACCUGUUCUUUGUCGGCGUGACGGACACUAGAAACUCGGCAAAGUGCCUUUUCGCCCGAUAUAUUCUGCUCGUUGUAUCGGUCAUGCUUUGCAGCGUGAUCGGAUUCAAGUUCUUCGCUGCGCUCCAAUUUGGCGGGAAGAACGUACCCGAGAAUCUGGAUAAGUUCGUCAUCUGCCAGGUGCCGGCUUACACAGAGGACGAAGACUCCCUUCGCCGUGCCAUCGACUCUGCAGCUCGUAUGCGGUACGACGACAAACGCAAACUGCUCAUUGUGGUUUGUGACGGCAUGAUUAUCGGGCAGGGUAACGAUCGGCCUACACCUCGCAUCGUCCUGGACAUUCUGGGCGUUUCUGAAACGGUCGAUCCCGAACCCCUCAGCUUCGAGUCACUCGGCGAAGGUAUGAAGCAACACAAUAUGGGCAAAGUCUACUCGGGUCUUUACGAGGUACAGGGCCACAUUGUGCCAUUCAUGGUGGUUGUCAAGGUUGGAAAGCCGUCGGAGGUCUCCAGGCCUGGAAACAGAGGGAAGCGUGACUCUCAAAUGGUCAUCAUGCGCUUCCUCCACCGCGUUCAUUAUAACAUGCCGAUGAGUCCCCUGGAGCUUGAGAUGCACCACCAGAUUCGUAACAUCAUCGGGGUGAAUCCCACCUUCUACGAGUUCAUGCUCCAGAUUGACGCCGACACGGUGGUUGCGCCCGAUUCUGCCAACCGCAUGGUAUCGGCGUUCUUGCGUGACACUCGCUUGAUCGGCGUGUGUGGAGAGACGUCACUCUCCAACGCCAAAUCGUCCUUCAUCACGAUGAUCCAAGUUUACGAGUAUUACAUCUCGCACAACCUCACCAAGGCCUUCGAAUCGUUGUUUGGCUCUGUGACCUGUCUUCCUGGCUGUUUCACCAUGUAUCGCAUCAGAACAGCCGAGACGGGCAAACCCCUGUUCGUCAGCAAGGAAAUCAUUCAGGACUAUUCCGAGAUCCGAGUCGACACGCUGCACAUGAAGAAUCUGCUCCAUCUGGGUGAAGACAGGUAUCUCACCACUCUGCUGCUCAAGCACCAUUCAAAGUACAAGACAAAGUACAUUUUCCACGCCCACGCCUGGACGAUUGCUCCCGACAGCUGGACGGUCUUCAUGUCCCAGCGGCGUCGAUGGAUCAACAGUACGGUCCACAACUUGAUUGAGUUGAUACCUCUGCAGCAACUCUGCGGUUUCUGCUGUUUUAGCAUGCGGUUUGUCGUGUUCCUGGACCUAUUGUCCACGAUUGUGGCCCCAGUCACGGUGGCUUACAUUGUAUAUCUCAUCGUCAUUCUUGCCAUUUCGUCGGACGUGAUCCCGCUGACGGCGUUUAUCCUACUGGGUGCGAUAUACGGUCUGCAAGCGAUCAUUUUCAUCCUACGCCGCAAGUGGGAGAUGGUGGGUUGGAUGAUAGUGUAUAUUCUGGCGAUGCCUGUCUUCUCUCUAGGUUUGCCGUUGUACGCAUUUUGGCAUAUGGACGACUUCAGCUGGGGUAAUACCCGUCUCAUCCGGGGCGAAAAUGGCAAGCAGAUUUUGCUCACGGACGAGGGCAAGUUUGAUCCCGACUCGAUUCCCAAGAAGAAAUGGGAAGAGUAUCAGGCAGAGCUCUGGGAUGCACAAACACAACGCGACGAUGCUCGAUCUGAAGUGUCAGGUUACAGCUACGGAACCAAAUCUUAUCUUCCGACCGGAUCAAUCUACGGCGGCGGGUAUAGCGACACACAACAGCUUAUACCUCCUUCCAGGUCUGUAUCACAGCUUGACAUGCACCCACCGGCAUACAGUGGUGGGUACAGCCAGUCCAGGCUGUCAUUGGCGCCCUCGGAGAUGCUGGGCAGUGCAGUGAUGCCUAGUGGGCGCUCGGUCGCCGACAUGGAGAUGGCGGAUUUGACCGGGGUGCCUGCGGACGACACACUUCUGAACGAGAUCCGGGACAUUUUGAGAACGGCCGAUCUGAUGACAGUGACAAAGAAGGGCAUCAAGCAAGAAUUGGAGCGUCGGUUCAACAUCAACCUGGACGUGAAGCGGGCGUAUAUUGGAAGUGCUACCGAAGCGAUCUUGUCUGGCCAACUAUGA